AUGGAAGAGCCAGAGGGUUUGUUUGAUUCAGACUACGUUGAUGAAUCACACAUACAGGCUUUCAUCAACGCCCUACAGUCGGACGACCUAGAUGGACAUGACGCUCUAUCAGCAGCUUCACCCAACACCGUCCCUAGCUCCCCUGUACCCCAGAGCCCUCGCGUGAGGAAAGUCUCCGCUCUAUCCGAUUUUGCUCCAGUCAACUUGAAGGUGAAGAGAAAACGAAAGGGGGAUAAGUCUACGGGUAGGAGGCAAGAGUGGUCAUUUCUCGUGCUCCGAUGGCCACUCCUUUUUAUGAUAUUUAUCCUCAUCGCUGCUCAAUUCGGAUUCUACAUCCUGAUCAGACAACUCGUAAAUACCAAAGAAUGGCUGCUAGCAUGGCGGGGACAGAAGGGUCUUUUGCGAAAACGUCUACGUGGGGCACGCACCUACCAGGAAUGGAAGGAAGCGGCAGGGAUGCUCGAUAAAUAUCUUCUGUUCGAUGAUUGGAAACAGGUCGACGAGGAUGCUUUUUAUGAUUGGAAACUCUUACGCAAGGUGAAUCGGUCGCUGAAGAUUUUGAGAGAGAAGAAUGAUGUUCGCGGCGUUCUCGGUGUAUUAGAGACGUGUGUCCGAGCCAAUUUUGUGGGAGUUGAGUCCUCCAGUGAAACUUUCCUGGGCACCAAGAACGUAAUAGAAUCAUAUCACACAGAGCUGGAAAGCGCGUUGCAAUUCGUCCGACAGUCAUCGGAGCUCUCUAUUGAAGAGAAGAGGAGAUUUUUCAAGAAUGCUAGCACUAAUAUGGGAACAUCUGCCUUGUGUCUCUCUGACCAUUUUGGUGUGGUGAAAGCUUUCCUAGAUGCAGGGCUACUUCCCCGAGUUAUUGCUGGAACAUCUGCUGGUGGCCUCGUCGCCGCUCUGGUAUGCACACGCACAGAUGCUGAACUGAAUGUUCUUCUUGUUCCGGAACUUGCCCAUAAGCUGUCGGCAUGUGAAGAGCCUCUCACUGUAUGGAUAAAGCGUUUUUGGGCUACCGGUGCAAGAUUUGACAGUGUGGCGUGGGCUCGUAAAUGCGCAUUCUUUACCAGAGGUUCCAUGACCUUUCGAGAAGCGCAUUUGCGGACCAGGCGGAUCCUUAACAUUUCUGUUGUUCCUGCUGAUCGCCAUGCUCCGACAAAGCUCCUCAAUUACAUGACCGCACCGGACACGAUAAUUUGGACGGCCCUGCUCGCUUCAGCAGCUGUACCUGGGAUUCUCAACCCGGUUGUGCUCAUGCAAAAGCUCAACGAUGGUCGAGUAGUGCCAUGGAAUUGGGGUAGCAAGUUCAAAGAUGGGUCUUUAAGGGUUGAUAUUCCUCUUCAAGCUCUUAAAAUGUACUUCAAUGUUACCCAUCCGGUUGUAUCGCAAGUGAACCCUCACGUCCACCUGUUCUUUUUUGCGCCCCGUGGCUCAGCAGGAAAACCAGUGGCUCACAGGAAAGGAAAGGGGUGGCGAGGAAACUUUCUUCUGUCUGCGGCGGAACAAUGGCUGAAACUAGAGCUCACAAAGAAUUUCAAGGUUAUUCGUGAUCUCGAGCUUCUUCCGCAGUUGCUCGGACAGGACUGGUCUAGUGUCUUUUUGCAACGUUUUGAUGGAGCUGUCACAAUCUGGCCGAGAACGCGAAUUUUGGAUUGGUUGCAUAUCUUGAGCGACCCAGACCCGGCCGAGCUUGAACGGAUGAUGAAAGUUGGGCAAAUUGUAACGUGGCCUAAGUUGCAUAUGAUUGAAAACCGCUUUCGCAUAGAAAAUGAAAUUCUCCUAGGUCGACAGGCAGUUCGCAUGGCAAUUGACCGGGUUCGGUCUCGUCCAAAUUCAGACGGUCAAACCGUCCCUGAUCCCAUCAUUGGCACUCAACUCCCUACCACAUCGGCAAGACUUGAGUCACCAAUACCCAUGGACUCGGACGUUGAACGCGCAUUUGAGGACAAUAGCACGGCGUGGUACUUCCGUCGCGGUCGCCCUAAGGCUGACGCUCCACGAGAAUCUGAGACGAGUACAUCGUAUGGAAACAACCACAAUAAAGUUACCGACCCUUUACGUUCUCCUGUUCUGCGUCGCAAGUGGGCAUCUGAUCUUUUCAAUCGCGACGAUAGCGUAGCUGGAAACUCGUCCGCAAGCCCGCGUGCAGCCACCCCAGAGCCACCACCCGCUGACAAUCCAAGGCAGACCGCUUCUACUCCAUCCACAUUCUUCACAAAACUCAGGCCUGGGUCAUUGUUGAUACCAUUCUCGGGCUCUCAUAGACCUGCCAGAUCCAACGGGAAGAGUGUAGAUGCAUCAGAAUUGGCUUGGAGCAGUGAAUCCUCGUCGGAGGAUGAAUUGGAUAAUCUUCAGGUACAGUCUACUCUUCAUUUGAACACUUAUUUCAAUCAAGAGGCAGUUUCAGAUGAAGAAGGGGUAGAUUCAAGCUGA